AUGUCUUCCCGCCUAUCAACCCGCCUGAGCAUUCGCUGGGUUCCAGGAGAGCCGUCCGAGCCUACCGACACCCUCGUGAUGAGCGUUGGUGGUUGGUAUGUCGACCUCCGGAUUACCAAGAAGGAUGGCUCCAUUGAUUGGGGAAUGGCUGGAGAGAGAUUGAUCUUGUCCAGAGAGCCACUAACCUGCAAAUGGACGCACUGGAUUGAUUCCAAUGGCUAUACGGAGCCAGACAUAGGUAGCUUUGAGCCCGCCGCAAAUCCCACGGAUAGCAUCGAGACCGGCAGCAUGCUCAAUCCAGAGACCAACAAGAUCACACCGUAUGCAGAGGUCUGGCGAACUCUUCCAGCCUCUUUGCCGGAUGUGUUUCCUGUUGCCUGGAUCAUUCGCAGUGCAGAUGGGAAGACGUUCUUGGGACGAGUUGGAGGUGACUUUCUGGGUCUGAAAGGUGGCGAUGACGGACCGAGUUUCAUGAACGGGUUCUGUGCUCGAAGGCAGGCAUGGGAUGAUGGGAACAGCACCUGGAAAACUCUGCGCGAGGCCGGAGAUCUGUCAAAGAUUGGCAGCCUUCCCGGCAUGGAGGGUUCAGAUAAGAAGAAGAUGGAGUGGGAGGAAAGCUGCAAGGAAGGUGAUCUAGUCGAGGCUUUUGGAGAAAAGUAUACCGUCUGCGCAGUCGAAAAGCUAUGAGUUGUAUAGAUAGCGAUCAAAGUCGAGCGGCCAGCUUGCUUGCUUCCCUCUUCUCGAUUGGACUACAAGGAUGGAGGACUCUAUUCGAGUGGAAAUUUGCGUCUUGAAAAGUCGCUCUCAUGAUAGAGUCCGGGGUCGACAACAAGCACAUAACAUGAGCAGG